CCGCCCCGCCAGCGCGCCCCGCCCGUGGGAGAGGAGGGGCUGCGGCGCCGCGGACCACUGGAGGCGCAGCACGGUCGCCGCCGCCGCUGUCGGUGCUAGAGAUCGCCGCUCAGUGCAGGCGGCGCCUGUGCCUCCUCCUCUCCUCUGCUAGCCCGCGCUCCGGUCAGCCUGCCGGGGCCGGCUCUCCGCCUCCUGCCUCCCGCCGCAGCCGCGCAGCCGCGGCAGAACCCGCGGCACCACCGCUCGCCCUCCAGGUUCUGCCACUUGCUGGGAAAACAGCAACAAAAGGAUAUUAAGGAGCCACCCCUGUCAUUUACCCAGAUAGCCUCAGCAAGGUCAAAGACACAUCGUGUCCCAAUGAGAAAAGCUGCAGGCAUCUGAGGAUAAACCACUGUGAAACAGCUUUGACGAUAAAGCUGACUUGGAAGACUUUGACUCUAAGGUGCAAGUCAAACCUGAUUCAUGAAAUGGAAUGAAGCUGAAAAAUCAUCUACUUCUUUGUGGAUUUGAGAGAAGAUUGGGAUGGUCUUAAGUGCAUAAAACGAGACUCUAACUGCAGCGAUGAGUUCAGAUGAGAAGGGCAUUUCCCCUGCUCAUAAAACAUCCACUCCAACCCAUAGAAGUGCCUCCUCUUCGAUAUCCUCCCAAAGGGAUAGUAGGCAGAGUAUUCACAUACUGGAGAGGACUGCUUCCUCUAGCACCGAGCCCUCUGUAAGUCGGCAAUUGCUAGAACCGGAGCCAGUCCCCCUCUCCAAGGAAGCUGACAGCUGGGAAAUUAUAGAAGGGCUGAAAAUAGGCCAAACCAAUGUCCAGAAACCAGACAAACAUGAGGGCUUUAUGCUGAAGAAAAGAAAAUGGCCUUUAAAAGGCUGGCACAAGCGUUUUUUUGUCCUGGAUAAUGGAAUGUUAAAGUAUUCAAAGGCACCACUUGAUAUUCAAAAAGGAAAGGUCCACGGGAGCAUAGAUGUCGGACUGUCAGUCAUGUCAAUUAAAAAGAAAGCUCGAAGAAUAGACCUUGACACAGAAGAGCACAUCUAUCAUUUGAAGGUGAAAUCCCAGGACUGGUUUGAUGCAUGGGUAUCCAAACUGCGACAUCAUCGGUUGUAUCGUCAGAAUGAAAUUGUGAGAUCACCAAGAGAUGCUAGUUUUCACAUAUUUCCUUCAACUUCCACAGCUGAAUCCUCACCAGCUGCUAAUGUUUCUGUAGUGGAUGGAAAGAUGCAACCAAACAGCUUUCCAUGGCAGUCCCCUUUACCAUGCAGCAAUAGCCUCCCUGCAACCUGCACGACUGGCCAGAGUAAAGUGGCAGCCUGGUUACAGGACUCGGAAGAGAUGGACAGGUGUGCGGAAGAUCUCGCACAUUGCCAGUCAAACCUUGUGGAACUUAGCAAACUCCUGCAAAAUUUGGAAAUACUUCAGAGAACUCAGUCAGCACCUAACUUUACUGACAUGCAGGAAGGGCCACCUGCGAAGGGCCAGUUCAGCACAACUCGGCGCCGGCAGAGGCUAGCGGCAGCAGUGGCUACAACAGUUCCUUUCAGUGCUACCAUGUCACCAGUUCGCUUGCAUUCUUCCAACCCCAACCUUUGUGCAGAUAUUGAAUUUCAGACUCCCCCUAGCCACCUCACUGACCCUCUGGAAAGUUCAACAGAUUAUACAAAGCUGCAAGAAGAAUUUUGUCUAAUUGCACAGAAAGUACAUUCUCUUUUGAAGUCUGCAUUUAAUAGCAUAGCUAUAGAGAAGGAGAAGCUGAAGCAGAUGGUUUCCGAGCAGGAUCACAGUAAAGGCCACAGCACGCAGAUGGCACGGCUCCGACAGUCACUGUCUCAGGCACUCAACCAGAAUGCUGAACUAAGGAGUCGUUUGAACAGAAUACAUUCAGAGUCUAUUAUUUGUGAUCAGGUUGUCAGUGUAAAUAUUAUUCCUAGCCCUGAUGAGGCUGGUGAGCAAAUCCAUGUCAGUCUCCCCCUAUCACAGCAAGUAGCCAAUGAGAGCCGCCUCUCCAUGUCAGAGUCUGUUUCUGAGUUCUUUGAUGCCCAAGAGGUGCUCAUCUCUGCAAGUUCAUCAGAGAAUGAGGCUUCAGAUGAUGAGUCUUACAUCAGUGAUGUGAGUGAUAAUAUAUCUGAAGACAACACCAGUGUUGCAGACAAUAUUUCUCGGCAAAUUCUAAAUGGGGAGCUUACAGGAGGGGCCUUCCGAAAUGGGCGUCGAACAUGCCUGCCAGCUCCUUGUCCUGACACCAGUAACAUUAACCUGUGGAAUAUCUUGAGGAACAACAUUGGUAAAGACCUGUCUAAAGUCUCCAUGCCUGUGGAGCUAAACGAGCCACUCAACACCCUGCAGCACCUCUGCGAGGAAAUGGAAUACAGCGAGCUCCUGGACAAGGCUUCGGAAACUGAUGAUCCAUAUGAGCGCAUGGUUCUCGUUGCUGCAUUUGCAGUUUCAGGAUACUGCUCCACCUAUUUCAGAGCAGGAAGUAAGCCAUUCAACCCAGUCCUUGGGGAGACCUAUGAAUGCAUUAGAGAAGACAAGGGAUUCCGCUUUUUCUCAGAACAGGUUAGCCAUCAUCCACCCAUUUCUGCCUGUCACUGUGAAUCUAAGAAUUUUGUGUUUUGGCAAGAUAUCAGAUGGAAAAACAAGUUCUGGGGGAAGUCGAUGGAAAUCCUGCCUGUUGGAACACUGAAUGUCACGCUUCCAAAGUACGGAGAUUACUAUGUGUGGAAUAAAGUCACCACUUGUAUACACAACAUCCUCAGUGGAAGAAGAUGGAUAGAACAUUAUGGAGAAGUAACCAUCAGAAAUACUAAAAGCAGUGUUUGCAUUUGCAAACUCACAUUUGUCAAGGUGAAUUAUUGGAAUUCUAACAUGAAUGAAAUACAGGGGGUGGUGAUAGAUCAGGAGGGGAAGGUGGUGCACCGGCUGUUUGGAAAGUGGCAUGAAGGACUCUACUGUGGUGUGGCCCCCUCUGCAAAGUGCAUUUGGAGACCAGGUUCCAUGCCAACCAACUAUGAGCUGUACUAUGGCUUCACAAGGUUUGCUAUUGAGCUCAAUGAGUUAGAUCCAGUACUAAAAGAUCUGCUUCCACCAACAGACGCCCGGUUCCGGCCUGAUCAAAGAUUUUUGGAAGAAGGAAAUUUAGAAGCUGCAGCAUCAGAGAAGCAAAGAGUAGAGGAACUCCAGAGAUCUCGGAGACGAUAUAUGGAAGAAAACAAUCUUGAACAUAUACCAAAAUUUUUUAAAAAAGUUAUUGAUGCCAAUCAAAGAGAAGCCUGGGUUUCUAACGACACCUACUGGGAGCUUCGAAAGGACCCUGGGUUUAGCAAAGUAGACAGCCCUGUUCUUUGGUAGACUGGGAAUGUAGAGCUAGCCAACAUAUCACAUUCUGAAUGAAUAAAUAACUAUGCACAAUUAUGUUUCUUAUAGCUAUGUGUGGUUUCUGGGUCCACUGAAAACCUACCAUUUGCUUUUCUAUUCAUCUUUAUAAUGGACUUUCAGAAGUGCAUUAGACAAAGCCCCUAACCACUUUCGGAUCCUUUCUGUUUUGCUGCAACCAUAUUCCUUAAAAAAAAAAAAAAAAAAAAAAAAAAAAAAAAAAAAUCCACACCAUCCUUGGAAAGCAGAAUAAAAGGAGCAGAAUAUAAAAUCCAAAGUCUGACGAGUUUGUAAAGAAAAACAAAUGGUAACUGGUGCUUAAAGCUGAUUGAGAAAGUUAACAACAUAGAAACCACACGAUUGUUCCACUGUCUGGAAGCACCAUCCCCUAUCGCAGGACUCCUGGGCCACAAGCAGUCAGUCAGUGCAGGCUUCAAGUGUGUUUGUUUGAUGUGGCUUGUGCUGGCCUUGUUGAAAAAGAUGUGAUGCUUCUCAGAACCUGUUCCAUCUGUAUGCCAUUGUUCAUGCCUUAAGAAAUGCAAAGAUGUACAAUAAAUCAUUUUUUAAAUGUGUGCUCAUA